AUGACGACGGCACUUGGAGAGGCGAUGCCCGCCAAUGAUGAGCAUGCCAUAAGCGUCUCCUUGCCCCAAUGGGACCACUUCGUAUCCAUCAUCCGCAACGACGCCAAGGUACUCGACACCCUCAAGGCCGGAUACCCACGGUUCAACAUCCACCGAGACGUGCUUGACCUCGAGAAGAAGCUGAUAGUAUGGGCGGCAGCGGCGGCGGAGUCGACCUCUGGUCCGGCAUUGGCAGUCCCCCCAAAGGAGGCCGUGAAGCUGUUUCCAAGCGAACGCAUGGCCAGGGCGUGCAAAGGACAUCUGGACAAGGUUGCGAACGCUAUUGGUGGUAGCAAGGACCUAGUCCGCAUCGCACACGUUACCCUGGAUGGCGACUUGGAGCAGGUACGCGGCGAGGAGUCCACGUCGGGCCCCUACGAUGACCAUGCCUACGGGCACGUCUACGUAGUGGCGUAUCCCGCUCCACUGGGCCGCGUCGCCUUUCAAUUUUGGCUGCUCACGGGCUACGGCGUCUCGAGCCGUUUCUCGUCGUUUUGGCUUCACAAUGCCCCGUUUCUCGCGUCCAGAACGGAGAAGGCGACACGUAGCUGGCGCGAGGCACUGCCGGUGGAGGAGGCUAGGGAGGCGGCCGACGCCAUGCGUAGUCACAUUGCGUCUCUGUACUCAACAGAGGACGUCCAGGCGACGGCGGAGGACGUGUUCCUGUUUCAGUGCGGCAUGGCGGCCAUAACGCAGACGGCCGGUGUCCUGCGGAUGCUGGCCAACGAGCGCCCAGACUAUCGGAUCGUCAUGUUUGGCUUCUUGAACGUCGACACAGUGGCGGUUCUCAGCAAGGUGCUCGGCCUCGGCAGCGCCUUUUACGGCCAUGCCUCAUCGGCAGAGCUCGACGCGCUCGAGGCGGAGCUCGAGGCGGGCGGGCGCAUCGACGCCGUCUUCACCGAGUUCCCCACCAACCCGCAGCUCAAGCUCGUGGACCUGGAGCGGCUGCACGGGCUCGCGGUGCGGCACGACUUCGUGCUCGUCGUCGACGACAGCAUCGGCACGCCGGCCAACGUACUGACGGCGCCGUUCUGCGACCUCGUCAGCUCGAGCCUGACCAAGAUGUUCAGCGGCGCGUGCAACGUCAUGGGCGGCAGCAUCGUCGUGAGCCCGUGGUCGCGGCAGCGCGGGAUCCUGCGCGCGGCGCUGGGCGGACGGUACGAAGACACGAUGUUCCCGCUCGACGUGCUCGUGCUGCGUGCCAACAGCGCCGACUUCGAGGCGCGCGUCGCCGCGGCGAGCGCCAACGCGCGGCGCGUGGUCGGGCAGCUGCGCGAGCACCCGCUCGUCGACGAGGUGCUGUACCCGUGGGGAGGGCCCUCGCAGGAGCGCUACGAGAGGUUCCGCAAGCCCGGUGCCGGCUACGGCUUCCUGCUGUCGGUGCGCUUCCACCGGCCCGAGGCCGCCGUCGCCUUCCACGACGCCCUCGAGCUGGCCAAGGGGCCGAGCUUCGGGACGAGCUUCACGCUCGUCUGCCCGUACACGGUGCUCGCGCACUACUCGGAGCUGGAGUGGGCGGGCCAGUAUGGCGUUCCCGCGCACCUGGUCCGCAUCAGCAUCGGCGUCGAGGACAGCGAGCUGCUGCGUGCGGCGAUCGGCAAAGCCCUCAACGCCGCGGAGCUGCAAGUCGGUCUGUAG